CAACCAUGGCCUCGUCCGCAAACACUCUCUUCCGCGCUGCGCGCCCUCUCUUCCGCCAGGCCACCAUUACCCAGCCCGCCCGUCAGGCCUUCCGCCAGCAGACCUUCCGACAGAACUUCUACCAGGGCAGCGGCCGUCGAUGGCAGAGCACCGAUGGCGCUCAACAGCAGCAGCAGCAGGGCUGGUUCAAGCGCAUGUAUGAGAGCGAGGUUGGCUUCAAGACUGUGCACUUCUGGGCUCCUGUCAUGAAGUGGGCUCUUGUCCUUGCCGGUAUCUCCGAUUUCGCUCGUCCCGCCGAGAAGCUCUCCUUCACCCAGAACCUUGCCCUGACCUGCACCGGCAUCAUCUGGACUCGUUGGUGCCUCAUUAUCAAGCCCAAGAACUACCUUCUUGCUGCCGUCAACUUCUUCCUCGGACUGGUUGGUGUUGUCCAGGUCAGUCGAAUUCUCAGCUACGAGUCUGAGAAGAAGAAGGGCCUACACGGUGUCGUUGAGGACAUCAAGGCCGAUGCCAAGGAGACCAUCCAGGAGGUUAAGCCUUAAAUUUGCCCUUGAGCUUCGACAGACUAGACAAUGGCCGUAAAUUAACGUCUCCACCGGACAUAUCUCUCAUGGUUUCUAUUCCCAUACCCUGCAGCGUCCCAACAGGUACCGGCUGUGGAACUCUGGAUUAAAAACUGGAUGCAUUUGCUGCUUAGAAGGAGGAGGUUCGGAAAUCAAAUUCCAGAGUCAGGGGAUCUCUCAGAAUAGGUAGUUGCUUUUUUACUCGUGCAAGUUAAGUAGAGUAAUUAUCCUGCAAACUGGGGUUGGGUUCAAUGGAUAAG